GGAGUGUCCAGGGGUGGAGAGUUGUAGCAAGCAUGGAGAGAAAGCACGCAAUUCGAAAGACGACAUCGAUCGGCACCGUCGUGCAUGUCAACGUCACGUGCUGCCCAACUUCAUCCCACCUUUCAUCCCAAGUUUCGUCCCCAAUAAGAAAUCUCACACGUUCGACAUGCGACAGGAUGCGAAAGACGCUCCUACUUCUGCGAGAUGCGGUCAAGUCAUUGGAGAAGUAUAGAGUGAUAUUCUUAUAGUCUUACUCAGCACGUUACAACCUUUGUCAGACGAAUGUCUGACUACAUGCUGUGGCAGCAAUGUUGCAUCAAGUCAGAGGUUGCUGCUCUCACUGCUUUUCCUCUCAUCAGCGUCUCAGCCGCUGCAUACAUCUGUCAUAACUACUAAACCAUGUCUGAUCAACCCACUGACGGACGUGAAGCAGCCUACUCAGUCUCCAAGGCGACUUCAGACGUGUUCCGCCACUCCAUCCUCGCCCAUCCCCUGAUACGCAAAGACCUGCCCGUUGGCACAGAGGCAGCCGCGGCGAGAGUGCACUUCACAGGCUCUGCAGACCCCUCGAUCCCCGUUAAUUGGCGCUUUGCAGAAGCCGUAGCAAGUCUCAAAGGCCUGGAAGCCAGCAUACUAAACGUGCUGCUGACUCGCAAGUAUGGCAUCCCACUGCAAGACGUCACCAUCGAUACGGACCACGCCACACUGUUCAUCAUGUCUGCCCGGCUCUGGACCAUCGACCCUGGCGAAGGAGGUUGGAACAUUGCGCCCACAAACGCCCCCGUCGCAAGCGAGCGGCUGGCACAGAUGUUUCCUCCUAGAGAUCCGCACCGGGCUCGAGCGACGCUGCAUCGCACUUUCGCUACUGGGAUCUAUAAAUGCGCUGAUGGAAAGUACUUCAAUAUUCAUGGCUCAAUGAACGCUGAUCCGAUCGCGGACUAUCUUGGACUGGCCCGUGAUAUGGACACGGAGUCUUUCGAAGAAGGACUGCAAAGGUGGCGCGACGCCGUCCGUGCCUUCUCGAGUGAGGAUCUCGAUGUUCGAUGCAACAACGACUAUCGACAAGCCGGCACAAUUUGCUACUCCGUAGACGAGUUCCGAGCUUCCGCACACGCAAAGGCCAAUCGACAUGUUGGCCUCUGGGAAAUCUACGAUCAUCCAACUUCGUCCCAGGUUCCCUGUUGGUGGCCUUCAAGCUCUUCCACUUCCGUUACAAGACCCCUGGCGGGACUGAAGGUCGUCGACUUGACAAGGAUAAUCGCCGGCCCAGCGGUGACACGCAGUCUCGCUGAAUUCGGCGCAAGUGUGAUGCGCUGCACUUCUCCAAGCCUCCCCGAUCAGAGCGUUUUACAUCCAGACCUGAACUGGGGUAAAUGGAACUGCAGCAUCGAUCUGACUAGUUCAGAAGACCGUCAGAAAUUGCGCGAUCUCAUUUUGGAGGCAGACGUGGUCGUGCAAGGCUAUCGCCCCAGCGCCCUCGACAAAUACGGCUUCGGUCAGCAGGACAUCAUCGACCUGUGCAAACACCGCGAGCGAGGGAUCAUCUCCGUGCGUGAGAACUGCUACGGCUGGCAUGGGCCUUGGGCCGCCCGGCCCGGCUGGCAGGAAAUCAGCGACUCCUGCGUCGGCGUCGCUCGCAGUUUCGGCGAAGCUAUGGGCCACGAUGAACCUGUCAUUCCAAUCUUCCCGCACUCGGACUACUGCACCGGCAUCGUGGGGUCUUGCGCUAUCCUCAUUGCGCUCCUAAGGCGGGCGGAGAAGGGCGGAUCGUAUGCCGUCGAUCUCGCACUCAACUACUACACCACUUGGCUCGUGGAGUCGGUCGGCGAGUAUCCGCGCCCCGUUUUUGAAAGAGUCUGGCAAGCGCAUGGCCGGAGGGUCUGGCGUAGCCAUAAUCGCAAUCUUGAGACUGCGCUGGCCACGGUGAAGAAUCUACGUGAAGGUGUCGGUGGGACAAGCUUAUUGCGGCCGGACUUCUUCGAGGGUCGCAUGGCGCCCGGCAUACUUGGGGAGAAGAAGUUCCGUCAUGUUAGAUCUGUGGCUCGGUGGCCGGCAGGGACCGUCGAACCGGGAUUCCGUAUUGGCACUCGAGGCAAUGGAGUGGAUGCGGCUCGAUGGCCGGAAGAUUUGAGCGUGGAGUCUGUAAUUUCAUGAUGGGAGGAAUAGCUGCCAUUGUGGAGAAUGAU